CAGUCGGUGUACAGCCAUAAAUGUGCGUAUGGGUUUCGAUAGAAACGAUUUCACUUAGUAUUGUGCUGUGUAUGUGCGCGUUUUUAUUUGGCCAAAGCGAUAAAAAACAACAGUAGUGAAGGCAAAUACACAUACAGCAGCACACAAUGAAAAAAAAAACGGUCGCCCCCCGUACACACCACCACAGACGCAAGUACGCAUUUGAACAUGAUAAACUCCAACCGAAUGCAUUCGGUAGCCUAGUUCUUGGAUAUAGCGCGAAAAAUAGACAUUGAAAGAACUCUGCGAGGAGAAUCGAAUCAAGAGUGUGAGCAAAAAAGAAAACACACAGUUUCAAAGUUGCCAUUCGUGUUGAAUUUUGUGGGUGCAUCGUGAUAACGACAGCGAAAAAGAAAAAAAUUGUUUCUGUGUAAAAACUAAAACAAGCAACUUGCCCACAUUCUACAAGUGAUAGCGAAACAGCAAGUUUGUGCAUUGCCUACGUGUUACAGGAUAUUAAACAAAAAAAAACAUAAACAAUCAAUAUGGUUAAGUACGACUUAAGUGUGUUCCAAGAGCCUCGCGGGGUCAUGCGAAUAUUCCAAUUUGUAUUCGCCAUCUGUGCACUUUAUACGACGAUCAAUUUCGAUAUCAAUGUCACUGUGGGUCAGGGCGUCGAGAAACAAACAUACACUUUCGACUAUCCAUUCCGGUUCGGGCAGAAUGUUUGCAAUAAAACAUCCGAUCAAAAACCAUUGGGCCUAUCGGCCGAUGUAUCUAGUGAUGCUCAAUUUUUCGUAGCAACCAGUGUCUUAUCUGUUCUGUAUUGCAUAUUUAUCGCGGCCGUUUAUGCGGUCAUUGACGAAAUCUACACGUCGAAACCAGAAGUUCCGCUGGCGGAUUUCAUGUUAACAACCAUAUUGGCAAUAUUUUGGUUGUCGGGAUCGGCUGCAUGGGCCAAUGGCGCGAGCGCCUUGAAAACAGUCACCGAUGCCAAUUCAAUUUCAGCGUUGUGUGGCAAAAUUGUCGUGUACACGAGUAGCUUUUCGCGUUUGAACAUCUCGUUGCUGUUUGGUUUUUUGAACUUUUUCUUGUGGGCAUCGGAUCUCUGGUUUUUGUACAAAGAGACCUAUUGGUUCAAGGAGCGUCAGCAAAACAAUAUCAAUGGUGCUGGCGGAAGUAAUAUGAAUGCGCCUAAUAUCUAAACAGCAAUUUGGCUGAAACUGGAGGAACGUACAAGGUAAGCAAAGGCGUACCACACAAACACACACACCUCAGUUGCAACAAUCAUCAAAACAGAAACAAGGAAACAAAACAAAUACAAAAUCACCACAAAAAAAUACAAGGGACAGCCCCAGCGAAGGACUUUAUUGAUCAGCGCCAUCAUCAUACAAUUACAUUUGGAAUUCAUAUCAAAAACACACCGAACAAAACAACAAAAUCCAAAAAAAACAGACAGAACAAAUCAGUUUUGAACAAUAUAUCAUGGAUAAUAAACGUAUCAUAAGCAUCAAUUGAAUGUGUAUCUAAUGGAAUAAACUAAUUGAAAUAUAGGUGUGCUGCGCGCGUGUACAAGUGCAUAUCAUAACAAAAAUAAAUGAACAAUUUUAGGAAGAAAAUGUAAACAAACGAAAAGAAAUCAAUAUUGUGGAUCAAAGUGGUGGAUAUAGUCAAAUACUUACCAAUAUUUAUCUAAAUGUCUUUCGUUUUUCCCCCUCUUUUCGUUACGUUUUUUUUUCGAUAGGGAGUCUGCUUAAAUUUUUUCUUUUGGCCAUUUCUACAACAGACCUAUCUGUCUUUCUAACUUCCAUUCGGGUUGUAUCCAGUGAGCAAUAUAGAACAACAAUUAUACCUUUCUUUAACUGUUCAUUGUCGGCCGUUGGUGGAAUUUGACGUGAAUUCGCAUUUUUGUUUUGUUUGAUUAAUUUUUUGAAGUAUUUUUUUCUGAAAUAAUUUUUGUUUUAAUUAAACCAGAUCAUUACUUUUAUGUGAAGAAAACCCAAAAUUAUUUUAUAAAUAAAAAAGAAUCGGCUAUCAAAAAUAUUUUUGAUUUUAUAAUUUCCCAUUGAAAAUCCCAUUGAAUCAUUGGUAUCUUAAGCAUUUGUCAUUUGUUUUUGUCAUCCAGUCUAAGCCAAUUCGUUCACAAAAAUAUACAUCGUUUUUGCACCUGGACCGAUCAUACCCACUGAUCGACACAAGUCAAUAGUACACAUUAGUACUUCUUUCGUUGGAAAUGACGCAAAAGUCACAUAUUUUGACAAACAUAUUCAAUUUGCGCAGUGGAUUGAAUUGACAUUCAAUCUUGAAUUGGGAAACUAUAUUUUCUCGACAUUUUUCAUGGAUAUUCCAAUAUUUUUGAAUUUAUUUUCUUUCAAGAAAUGCCAAAUAAAAUAUUUUGGCAAAAGAUUUGCAAACAUUUUCCCCAUUAAUAUGAUGAAGCACUCGAUUUUUGAGUGAUACACAUUCAAAGGUGGGAAUCAUUCAAAAAGGAAAAGAAAGGAAAACAAUGAAAUAUUUUCAAAAAGAAAACACUGAGUCAAAGAAAAUUCAAAUUUUCCAAACAAGUUAGGUGUUUAAAAAAAAAUGAAGCGUACUUCAUUCAAAAAGCAUGGACGAAGUCCUUUAAUUCUAUUUUGAAUAAAACUUUUUUUAUUUCGUUGGAAAAUCAAUCAAUCAUAAUUAAUUUAAAUUUUCAAAAGAAAUGAUCAAUUGCGAUUUGCACGAAUGUCAUUGGAGUGAGCAAUAAAUUCAGUAUUCAAUUGAAAUGAAAUUAAAAGGAAAAUGUAUUGUAAAGAAACGGAGACGUUAAGCUUCAUUUUAGGGUGCAUUUAUCUCCGUCAUACAGUUGCCGGUGAUUUUCGAAACGGAAACAAAUCAACAACACAAUAUACAUGCAUUAGAGCAAUUUUUUUCUGGCUUAAAUAGAGUAACAAACAACCGUAACAAAGAACAAUAAUGUGUUUUUUCAAGAAAACAGAACAAAAAAAAAUUUACUAGCAACUACAGCAACCAGCUUCCAAACAGAGAAGAAGAAAUGAAAAAAAAAGCUAAAUGGUGAAAGCAAAACAACGUAGUACCUUCGCAAGCCAAGUGAAUAUGCCUCUAAAACUCUAAAUAUGAAACUAAAAAAAAAAGAUAAUGUAAAUUAAUGUAUUAAUGUAAUAUUGUAACGCGUAUUAGACUAAAUUGUUGCAAAUCAGUUAAAAUACAGAUAUAUUUACUGUCUAUUUUCGAUUAUGUGGCGUUCAUUUCCCAAAAUGCACGAAAAGAGUAUUUGCUCCAGUUCUCAAACUCUUCAAAAAUGUAUAGAAAAAAUGCAAAACAAUCUCACAACCCGAUUGAUACCGGGCACCUAUUGACCGGGUGAAAUGGGGACAUUCAUUUUGACCUUCUGAUCUGAACAAUAGAAGAAUUAAAAUCUAUUGCAAUUAUUGCUUUAAUCAGACUUAACGAUCACUCCACCGAAUUCACCCAAAAUACAACCCCCAAAUGAAUUUUUGAAAAACAAAACUCACCGUACAUUUAACACACAAAAAAACAAACAAACUAAACAAACUAUCAAGUUUUCCAAGAUUAUACAUUUUGAUGAAACAUUUUCAAAAUGUUUUUCUCCUAGGCAUAUAUUUUUGUGGUGUAUUGAAGAGAAUCAUAGCAAUUAGACAAUUAAGAAUUGACAAACAAAAAAUUAUAUCACUUAAGAAAUGACGAGUGGAUAAAAUUAAAACAAAAAAUGUAAACAAAUAACAAAAAAAAAAUGGAUUGAAAAGACAAUUUCAAAUAAAGACCUAGAGAAAUCAAAA